CCAUCAUCAAGGAACCACCAACAGAGAAACCGCAAAAAUGGGCCAGAAUAUGGAUAAAAGAUCAUACAGAAGAGAACAUGCCGAACUCUACAUGAAAUUAAUUCAACACUAUAGGAACGGAAUGGUGGAAGAUAUGGCUGUGUCUCCUUCUUCAGAAAAAUCUGAUGAGGUUGUUAAGGUUUACAUAAGAAAAAGACCAACAUUUGAGAGGGAAGUUAAUGCAGGAGAAUAUGAUGUUGUUACAUGUAGGCCUCAUGAAAUUAUUGUUCACGAUUGUAGAAUGCACCCGUCAAUGAAACCCUCAUUGGCAUAUGUUGAAUCCUUUAAAUUCCCUUAUCCUAACACCGAAGUUUUCGGAGAGAAGUCGACCACAGAUGAACUUUACAAGUCUGCAGUCAAGCCACUGAUACAGUUUGUUGCCGCUGGUAAUGUUGGUACUAUGUUCUGUUUUGGACAAACAGGAAGUGGUAAAACCUACACUAUUACAGGAUUGGUUAAAAUGAUGUCACAAGAAUUAUUUUCCCUUAUUGCUAAAUUACCUGGUACAUACAGCGUUACUGCAACCUGCAUUGAACUUAUUGGAGAAAACUGUUUUGACUUGCUUAGUGACCAUCAAGAAGUUCAAUUGAGAGAUGGUAAAACUGGUGAUGUUGUUAUUUGUGGUAACAAAUUGUGUGCCCUUACAAGUGGAUCCGAAUUGAAUGAAUUAUAUAACUAUGCUGCUGGAUUGAGAGAAACACACGCCACCAAGGUCAACUCAAACUCAUCACGAUCUCACUACAUUUGUAGAGUGUACAUUGAAAAUGCUGAAACAGGCAAACAGUAUGCCAGACUUACUUUAUGUGAUUUGGCAGGUUCCGAAAGAAAUAACGACUCGAAUGAACAUGAUGCAGAAAGACUAAAGGAAACUGCUCAAAUUAACAGCUCUCUCAUGGCUUUGAAAGAAGUUAUUAGAUGUGUUGCAUUGAAUAAGGAAGGUGAUAAAGUUCAUAUUCCAUACAGAGGAUCAAAGCUUACAAGAUUACUGAAGGAUUGUUUCGAUCUCGAAGAAAAGAAAAAGAGACCACACACUGUUGUCAUUGCUACAGUUUCACCACUCUCAUGUGAUUCAGAGCACACAACUGGUACCUUGAAACACACCUGUAUCAUGAUGAGUAAUGAAGUUAGUCAAGAUGGAGAAAAGAUUGUCGUCCAAGAUGUUUUAGGUUCAGAUCCUUAUCAGAAGAGAGCCAAUGUAUUGAAACCAAUUGCCAAGAUGACAUACGAAGAAGUUAUAGAAUGGAUUGGUACUGUUCAAAAAGGAAAGUUCAAGAAACAUAUUCACAAAUUCCCAUCAACGAUGGAUGGUAAAGCUCUUGCCAGAUUCCCUGAUAAGAGAUUACAACAAAUUCUCGAAAGUGAUUUACUCGGUAAUGAUUUGAGAAAAGAAAUUAUGAAUUAUACAGACAAGAUUAGUCAACAAAAGAAGCAAUUUGCUGAAGACAAUAGAAAAUCUACCAAAUAACAACCUAACUAAUUUAUUAAACAAUGUAUAUACAAAUUUCUAUU